AUGUUCCAGAGCGUGUUACAGAGCAUGUUCCAGAGCGUGUUACAGAGCGUGUUACAGAGCGUGUUACAGAGCGUGUUACAGAGCGUGUUCCAGAGAGUGUUCCAGAGCGUGUUCCAGAGCGUCUUCCAGAGCGUGUUCCAGAGCGUGUUCCAGAGCGUGUUACAGAGCAUGUUCCAGAGCGUGUUACAGAGCGUGUUACAGAGCGUGUUCCAGAGCGUGUUCCAGAGCUGGUUACAGAGCUGGUUACAGAGCGCGUUACAGAGCUGGUUACAGAGCGUGUUACAGAGCGUGUUCCAGAGCGUGUUACAGAGCUGGUUACAGAGCUGGUUACAGAGCGUGUUACAGAGCGUGUUACAGAGCGUGUUACAGAGCGUGUUCCAGAGCGUGUUCCAGAGCGUGUUACAGAGCUUGUUACAGAGCGUGUUACAGAGCUUGUUACAGAGCGUGUUCCAGUGCGUGUUACAGAGCGUGUUACAGAGCGUGUUACAGAGCGUGUUACAGAGCGUGUUCCAGAGCGUGUUCCAGAGCGUGUUCCAGAGCGUGUUCCAGAGCGUGUUACAGAGCUGGUUACAGAGCUGGUUACAGAGCGUGUUACAGAGCGUGUUACAGAGCGUGUUCCAGAGCGUGUUCCAGAGCGUGUUACAGAGCUUGUUACAGAGCGUGUUACAGAGCUUGUUACAGAGCGUGUUCCAGUGCGUGUUACAGAGCGUGUUACAGAGCGUGUUUCAGAGCGUGUUCCAGAGCGUGUUCCAGAGCGUGUUACAGAGCGUGAUACAGUGCGUGUUACAGAGCGUGUUACAGAGCGUGUUACAGUGUUCCAGAGCGUGUUACACUCAGCCUCUGGCUCGCUUCUACGUCAAUGCCUCAUUGGCCAGAGGAACAUGCCGAUUCGGCUUUCUCCUGAGCCAUGUUUCCAUUCUGCAGCCGUGCAGGUGGACCUCAGCCAGGACCUCAGCCAGGACCUCAGCCAGGGACCUCAGCCAGGACCUCAGCCAGGACCUUAGCCAGGACCUUAGCCAGGACCUCAGCCAGGACCUCAGCCAGGACCUGAAACCGUGGACGGCUGGAAGAGAGCCCCAAAAACCCACCACAGCUCCUCAAAGCAAGAGCAACUCGUCAGGUGAUCGCCUGGUCCUUCGUCCUCUGCAGUGGCUCUGGCUCUGGGAUCAGGGUUUGCAGGAGACCAGAGACUUUUCCUGCUCUGCUCAGGCCCCGCCCCCUCCGCGCACCGCGAGCCUGGACCUCAGGCUUCGAUUACUGCUUUUCGUCGACCACAAAUGA